GUGCGGGAAGAUGAUGGAAGAGAGCGGGAUCGAGAACACUCCCCCCACCACCCCCACGCCCCCCCCGAGCGUGGCUGCGUCCGUCACCCCCCCGCCCCUCUCCAUAGGCCUGACGAGUCCGCUCUCCCACCCCAGCACCACGGGAAUCUCACCCUUCAACCCGGGGGUGUUCUCCUCGCCCGCCCCCGCCCCCCCGCCGGCUUCCGCCCCCCCGAUUCGCUCCUCCGCCCCCCCUCUCCCCACCCCCCAUGUCCGUAGCCCCUCCCCCCUCCUCCAGCCCCAUGGGGGGGCUUCCCCCCUGCCCCCCCCCCUCAGCACCUCCACCGCCCCCCCUCCCCCGCCCGUCAUGUCGGCCCCCCCCACGGGCCCGCCCACCUCCGGCUUCACCAUGGCGAGCUAUGACAUCACGCGCGGGCACGCCGGGCGUGCCCCACAGACCCCCCUGAUGCCCAGCUUCUCCAGCGCCCCCCCGGUGCCAGGGGUGGUGCCGAACCCCAUGGUGCAGCAGCCCGUGAUGUCGGGGGGGCUGGGGGUCGGGACGGGGUCCCCCAUCACCUUCCCUGAGGAGCGUGAGGAUCCCCCCGUCGCCAUGGCAACCAACAGCGGGGGACUGUGGGGCUUCUUUAAGGGCGUGGCUGGGAACCCCAUGGUGAAGACGGUUCUGGAUAAGACCAAGCACUCCGUAGAGUCCAUGAUCACCACCCUGGACCCCGGCAUGGCCCCCUACAUCAAGUCCGGGGGGGAUCUGGACAUCGUUGUCACGUCGGAUAAGGAGGUGAAGGUGGCGGCCGUCCGCGACGCCUUCCAGGAAGUGUUCGGCCUCGCCAUGGUAACGGGAGAGGCGGGGCAGUCCAACAUCGCCCCCCAGCCCGUGGGCUACGCCGCUGGACUAAAGGGGGCUCAGGAGCGGAUCGACAGCCUGCGGCGGACCGGAGUGAUCCACGAGAAACAGCCCGCGGUCUCUGUGGAGAGCUGCAUCACCGAGCUCCUGCCCGACAAGUGGUUUGACGUGGGCUGUUUGAUCCUGGAGGAUCCUGGGAAUGGGAUCCGCAUCGAGACGUUCACUCAGGCCACGCCCAUCGCCCUGGAGCACGUGCAGCAGGCUCAGAACCUGACCCCCCCGGACUACAGCCUGCGCUGGUCGGGCCUGCAGGUGACGGUGGGGGAGGUUCUGGAGCGGAGCUUCCCCCAGGUGAGCCGCACCGACUGGCACCUGGCCUUCACCGGGAUGUCCCGACGGCAGAUGAUCUUCAGCGCCGCCAAAGCCCUGGCCGGGGCGUACAGACAGCAGCUUCCCCCCAGGACUGUCUGAGUGAGGGGGGCGGGGGAGGGCGCAUCUUCUUUAAAACAAAAAACAAAAAAACAAAGAUUGGGCUUGGGGUCAAAGGUCACGGCUGUUGUGAGAGUAGCAAGUGGAACCGUCCAAUCAGACGCUGCCCACCCUGAGCUCAGUGGGCAAGCCAUGUGUACAUUAAUAUUUUAGCCUUUUUCUUGUUUUUGUUUUUUUUUUGGCAUUUUUGUUACAUUUUUUAGGAGGUAAAUGAGUUGUCUGGAAUGUAAAAUAUUC